AUGUCCUACCAACAACUGACUGACGAAACGUUUCCUGCAAGCCUGUCGAUGGAUUUCGAGAUUCUGGAGGACGAAAUUUCUAUCAGCCCACCCAGAAUACUGGAGCCGGAUAAGACGAACGGCGCUGCCGCACCAUCCUCCGUUGCUGCUUCACACCUAUCCGGGUCCAAUACAUCUAGCGGAAACUAUAGUUUCUCGACGGAAAACGAAAACGGCAGUAGCUCGAGUGGUUCCAGUAAUCCCCCUAGCAAGUUUCAUCCAACCACUAGUAAACAAGUCAUCACUGCAAAGGACACGAAGAAAGUUUCAUCUAACACUUUGGCUAAGCCAGUAACCGGUCAAAAAAAAGCGAAGUCACUGGAAAACCUCUUGAAUAAUGUACCACCUCAAACCAGUUCUCUGAAACGGCAAAAAUACGGUCAUAUUAAAAGUAAGGUAAAACAGUACAUUGAUGAGACGACUAAGAAACGGGAUCGACAGCCUCUCCUGCGGCAUAAGUCUAUGCCGGAGACCUGCAUUGAAUGUCCAGCUGAAAAGAACGAUGAAAUUGACUUGGAAACGAAUACGGAUAACCUAAAGACAAUGCUAAGAGAAAAGACUGAGGAGCUAGACAGCUUGAAACGGCACCUGAACUUCUGCGAGAUGCAAAGAGAAGACAACGUUUUUACGAUAGAGGCUCUGAAACGGAAAAUAGAAUCAAUGCGCCUUGAACAUUCCAAGCGUGAAAAUGAACGACAGCGAGAGCGAGAGGUUGAAAAAGAGCGCGAAAAAUUAGCAAUUAUGAAUACCUAUCUGCGAUACAGUAAUCCAUCAUUGAAUCGAAUAUUUGCUACCGUUAGUACCCAAACAAGUCCGGUUCAUGUAACAUUCAAUAUCAGCACCUUCCAAAGUGACGACAGUAUCCAUGACCUUCUAGCGGAAAGUUUUACUGCUACCCCGCCGACAUCCGAUAGAAGAAGCACCAAAAUUAUUCGCACUUCGCAGCUGUCAACCGAACCGGAUGCUGAGGACAGACCGGCUGAAAGCAGCGAGCAGGAGAAGAUCAGUCCAGAUUCAGCCACUCAUCCGGAGGGUUCACCAGAUUAUCUCCAGCUGCUGCCACUAAGCGAGUUUUCGGGCGGAACGAUGAACACGGAAGACACGGACACUGCUAUAUCACAGGACCACGCCGAAGUUUGUCAGGAGUGCAUGGCCCGAAAGCAGAACAAACGAAAGAAAAAGAGUAAGAAGAUCAGGCUGGCCAGUUUCUUCUGUAUCAAGAAAGUGAAAGACUAA